AUGGACAGUUUUUCUAACCUUGUACAGCACCGCAUUGAGACCGCGGAGCCUCUUCCUCUCACAUACGCUUCGCAGGAUGAAGGUGCGUCAGUGCCCCGCCAUGUGGCGUCGCUCUCGCCCAAGUCGGUCAGCUUUGAUGUCCAACCGUCCAAGAAGCUUUGGGACAAGCUCGAUGCAGAGGCAAACGGUCCUCGCCACAAUACGUAUCCAUCCCCUCACACUGAGCGCGACAUUCGCUGGGUCAACUCGUCGAGCCCCAGCAGCCGCAACGAUGUACCCCGCAAAUCGUCGGCGGACACGGCACAGAUGCGCGCGGCCUUUGAAAGUUCACUAGGCGUCCCUGCCGCACAGGACCGUUCGCUUAGUGCAUCGCUCGUCGAAUGCGACACGUCGAGUCCUUCCCGCGCCCCCUGGGACCGCCCGUGGCCCAGUGCUCCGCAGAACCGUGGGAUUCCGACGCCAGACGUAUCGAUGGGCUCCUGGGGUCUCGGAGCACGUCCGCCACCGGCCGCAGAGGUCAUGUACGGCGCACGCGAUCCCCGCUGGACCGAGGCCAAUUACCUGCCCACGGGUGCGAAAUGGGUCGCGCCGGUGCCGUACGCAGAGGGGGCGCCUCAGGCGAUGCCUGCCUGGGCCGUCCAUCCGACGCAACCUGUGCCGCCACGCAGGAUGGACGGAGGUCACAGCGACCGGUUCCACCAAGAAAUCUCUACUCUCUUCAUCGCCGGAUUCCCGGACGAUAUUACCGAUCGCGAGUUUGCCAACAUGUUCCUCUUUGCCAAGGGAUUCGAAGCGUCAAUGCUCAAGCACCCUACUCCCCCGCCGAACAAAGGCGAGGAGGGCGAGCACGAGACAAAAGAGGGCCAGCACGAGUCGGCAAACGUGCGCAACAAGCAGAUUAUUGGAUUCGCCAAGUUUUAUACGCGCGAGGAGGCGCUCGAAGCACGCGAAGUGCUGAAUGGCUUCCGUGUCGACCAGGACCGCGGAUGUAUCCUCAAGGCGGAGCUCGCAAAAAAGAAUCUGCAUACCAAGCGCAGUGCGCCGUUUGUGCCCAACAAGCCGAACCACGCUGCGCCGCGCUCGGCUUCGCUCUACGACCCCCAGGCCACGCUCGAGGCGCAGGCCGCGUAUGCCGCGGUGAUGUCUGGCUAUGCCCCAAAACUACCCACGCCGCUCAACACCUCGCUCGCAGAGUACGCGCGUGAUCCCAAUGGAAUGAUCCACAGUGCCCCGCCGCGCCUCGACCCCAUGGUCCCCAGCCCGGGCGUGGUGCAAUGGCCCACGCCCCAGCCGUACGAGGCGCCGGUUUCAGGCAUCGACCCCAUGGCUUAUCCCGCGCCGGGAGCCCCUGCUGCAGUCCCACCCCUGUUUGACUCUGCGCGCAUGCCCCUUCCUGUGAAUAUCAAGCGGGGUCCCCAUGCAGAGUCCGGCCUGAGUGACCCGCGGCUCCUGCCCAGAGACUCCAACCCCGAGGCAUUUUCCGCUCUUGAUGCUGCAGGCCAGCUGGGUCGCAUGCACCUUGGCAACGGGGUUCCCCGUCCGGACGCAGUGAAUGAACGCGGUGGCUAUUUCGGGCACGAUGCUCAUGACGUCACCGGUGCUGCUGCGCGUGCCAAUAAUGAGAUGAGCAGCUUUAUUGCGCUGGGACCCCAGCGGCACAGUCCGGUAUCGAUGUACCGGCCGGUGGCGUCGCCGCAGCCCGAGUCCGAGAGCGACCCUGACCGUGGUGGCGCACGCGGCGCGUCCCUGCCAAGUGCAGGCGACGGUGCAGGUGCUCGCCAAGGUGAUGCUUCCGGCAGCUUCUCGCCCAGCGCAUCGGUGGAACUAGACAUGGAUGCGAUGACGGGAUUGGAACAAGCUUCCUAUGCGGCCGGCUUUGCCCGCGGAACGAAGCAAGGCGAGCAGUACGGCUUCCGCGAAGGACGCACGCUCGGACGCGAAAAAGGGUUUGAAAUCUGGGAAGAGAUCGGCUACUACCUCGGCACGAUUCGCAUGUGGCGGCACAUUCUCCGACAGGAGCCCAGCUCCAACCGCAAGGCGCAAAAACAAUUGCAGCAUUUGUCGAAUCUCGAAUCUCUGAUCCGCGAGAUGCCGACUCAAAACGAUUCGUCGCUGCUUGAGCAGCCCGGCGCAUCGAACGACUCGCCCGACAAGGACGCGCCUGAUUUGCAGAAGCUGUUGGAGCGAAUCCGCGCGCGUUUCAAGCUGGCAAGCUCGAGCCUUGGCACGCCAGGCUACCCUCCUCUUCUUUCUUCAACACCUGUCAACUCGGCAGAGGAGCGUCUGGAGACCGCGCAGGACGACCGUGUCCCCAAGCCGCGCCUUGCCCGGGUUGGCGGCCAAAUGGUCGAUGUGAAUCAGCUGAAUCAUGCUGCGAUUGAAUGGCGUGUCAUCUUUGGCGGCAAAGGGAGCCAGGUAGCGCGCGUCGCCCUGCUUGGCCUUGUCGCGAAUAUCGUGCUGUGCUUGAUGAAGGCCGGCGCAGGCAUUGUGCUGAACAGUGCCGUGCUCCUAGCCGAUGCGAGCCAUGCGAUUUCCGACACCUUUGGUGAUAUCAUUACGCUUUUUUGCCUGUACAAAGCGCAAAAGAAGCCGACCAGGAAAUACCCGUUUGGCUACGGCAAGCUCGAGACGAUCGGGUCGGUGGGCAUCAGUGCGAUGCUCUUUUUCUCGUCGCUUGGGAUCAUUGUGCAUGCCGCGUCGCAGCUCGCGCGGCACGCCCCCAGCUGGAUGAUGGCGCAAGCGCCGCCAAGAAGCACGAUGCCCCUGGCCCCGCUCCUCGACCUUUUCCGGGAGGACCACGGCCACGGCCAUGGCCACGCGCAUGGAAGCGUGGAACCGAGCGCGUUGAUCUUUGCGGCGAUUGGCAUCAUUGCCAAAGAGGCCCUGUACCACUAUACCUUACGAAAAGCGCAAGAGACGCGCAGCUCCGUGCUCGAGGCGAGUGCGUAUCACCACCGCAUGGAGGUCCUUGGCUCGCUCGGCUCGUUUUUUGCGAUUGCCGGAUCCUGGCUAGGGUCCCCCGUGCUCGACCCCCUGGGUGGCCUGUGUCUGGCGCUCGUCUAUGGCUACCAAGCCUGGACGCUGCUCUUUUCCGCGUUGCAGCAGCUCUGUGACCGGAGCGUGCCGGACGAGACCUAUGCGGCUAUUGCGCGCGCGCUGGACAGCGCCGUGGCCGACGUCCAGGCGGCGCAGCGUCUGGACUGUGCAUGGACAGGCCUUGCGGCGGUGAGCAGCGGCCCCUUUGUCGUGGCGCAUGCCACGCUGCACUUUUCGCCGCAUGUGCGCCUUACCGAGGCGCACGCAGCCGAGCAGGCGGUCGACACGCAUGUGCGAAAAGCGUGCCCCGCAAUGUAG